UUUAUGGUGUUGGAAAUGGCGGUUGUGGAGCAGAGAAACAGAGGGUGGAAAGGAAAAAUGGCGCCGGUGGCAGCGAGAAGCGCGGGCGCCGUGGGUGUUGGUGUCGCAAUCUUCAUCUCAGUCGCUCUCACAACCUAUUUAAUCUGUGACCGCCGCUCCAAGAAGAAGAACAUAUCAAGGAAGAAUGGGGUCGUGGAGGCCAUCGGUAACACCCCUCUCAUUCGGAUCAACAGCCUCUCCGACGCCACUGGUUGUCAAAUUCUCGGCAAGUGCGAGUUCUUGAAUCCCGGAGGCAGUGUCAAGGACCGUGUUGCUCUUCAAAUAAUUCAAGAGGCUCUGGAAUCUGGCCAGCUACGUCCAGGUGGAAUAGUCACUGAAGGGAGUGCUGGAAGUACUGCCAUUAGCAUUGCUACUGUUGCUCCUGCCUAUGGGUGCAAGACCCACGUGGUUAUACCAGAUGAUGCUGCCAUUGAGAAGUCUCAAAUACUUGAAGCCCUUGGGGCAACUGUUGAAAGAGUGCGACCAGUGUCCAUUACUCACAAAGACCAUUUUGUAAAUAUCGCAAGAAGACGGGCAUCUGAAGCAAAUGAGUUUGCGCUGAAACAGAGAAAUUUACAACUGAAUGACAAGGACACUGCGAAAAUAAAUGGUUAUGAAUCUGAUGGAUACCAUUAUAGCUCUCUGUUUCCUAGUGACUGCCAAGGUGGGUUUUUUGCAGAUCAGUUUGAAAACUUAGCGAACUUCAGGGCCCAUUACCAGGGUACAGGGCCUGAGAUUUGGGAACAGACCAAUGGAAAGUUAGACGCAUUUGUUGCAGCAGCAGGCACUGGUGGCACUGUGGCUGGUGUUUCUACGUUUCUUCAGGAAAAGAAUCCAGAAAUCAAAUGCUUCCUCGUAGAUCCUCCAGGUUCUGGUUUGUAUAAUAAGGUAACUCGGGGAGUGAUGUACACCAAAGAGGAGGCUGAAGGAAAAAGACUUAAGAAUCCAUUUGACACUAUAACAGAAGGAAUUGGAAUUAACAGGAUAACAAAGAAUUUUGCGAUGGCAAAACUUAAUGGCGCCUUUAGAGGCACCGAUAGGGAGGCUGUUGAAAUGGCUAGGUUUCUUUUGAAGAACGAUGGGCUCUUCCUCGGGAGUUCAUCUGCAAUGAACUGUGUCGGAGCAGUUAGAGUAGCACAGGCAAUUGGCCCUGGCCAUACCGUUGUGACCAUACUCUGCGAUAGUGGAAUGAGACAUUUGAGCAAGUUCUGUAAUGUUGAAUACUUGUCUGAGCUGGGUUUGACACCGAAAGCCGCUGGAUUGGAGUUCUUGGGCAUCGAAUGAAUAGGUUUCCUCAGAGUUUUGAAUUUUUAAUGCCACUGGGUAAGUGCUUAACGCCUGCCUCGGAUGGCAGUGACCACUUAGAAGUUAGAAGUGAGGAUAUUUUGGUGAUUGAUAUAGAUAGUUAGAACUGGGGGUUUGACUGGGGGAGAUAUGUCAUUCGUUGGCACACUUGUUUGUAACUAGAAGUCUCCAAACUUUUGUAAACUCUAUCGUGAUGACAAGGUAUUCAAAGUGAGGACUGUUAAUUUCUUUUAUCAGUUA